AUGGACCGGAUCGCCAAGCGUACAGACCCAGUCGAAGAAUUGCCGCCGUUAUGCAAUUCUACCUAUGGGCCAUACAAUUUCCAUGGCGUGUCAUCCGAGCCGCUCUUCACAUCUCAGCAAUCCGCGACCUCUACAGAAGUUUCUGGAGGCGGACACGCUCGUGCGCAUUGGGUUCCAGGACUGAAGUAA